AUGAAGCAGAGCAGCAUCAAUCGGCAUCCUGUGGAGGUGGAAGCCAUCGGACUGCUGCAGCAUGCAAAGCAGAAUGCGUACAUGUUUUCUGUACUGUGGUCCGACCACAACAAGGUCCUCGUAUACCGAACCUUUGUAGAGUUUAAGAGAUUCCAGAGAGAUCUCAAGAAGAGAUUUCCGCUGGAAGCCGGAGCUGUGAAUAAGUCGGAGAGAACUCUCCCCAAACUGAAAGAUGUGCCAAGGACAUUGGCAAAGAAGAAAGAAACUAAGAGGGUCUUGGAAAGACUUCAAAAACUGGAGACGUAUUCACAGUCGGUGCUGAGGUUGGACGCCAAGAUCUCCCAGUGUGAUAUAGUUGUUCAGUUCUUCACUCUGCAGGGUCAUGACCUCAAUCCAUCAUUUCCGGAUGACAGCGUUGUCAUUAUGCCUUCUGAGAGGAAAGAGGAGAGAGUCAUCGACCUUCCACUUACUCCAAUCAUAUCCAAUCCCAUGGUCUCCCUGAGGUACUUUUGUGUAGCAGACUAUGAGACAGUGGACCUGAAGAACAGACCUUUCAAGGUGAAGAAAAAUGAGCUGCUGGAUGUGCUGCUGAAGGAAGGCUCAGGCUGGUGGCUGGUGGAGAACGAAGAUCAGCAAAUUGCUUGGUUCCCAGCACCUUAUCUCCAGGAAGACAUGAACCAUGCAGAUGGUGAAAACACCAAGGAACACCAAGAGGAAGGUAUCCUUUGCGUGGUGAUAAAGGGCUACGAGGCUCAGAACUCUGAUGAACUCAAUGCCAUGAUCGGCGUGGUGGUGAAAGUCUUGAGAAAGUCAGACAGCGGAUGGUGGCUGGUCAGCUACAACAGAAGGACAGGCUACAUCCCAUCUCUUUAUCUAAAGCCUUACACAAACCCCUGUGAGAAGCUCCAGAAUAUCCUCAGCAAGGAACACUAUAUGUCUUCCCCCAACCUGUUUGGAAAUGUGUAUUCUUUUCCCCACCACCAACCAUCACUGAAUGAUCAGAAGCGGAAUGGGAGCACGUUGGCGGAGAGAUUGAGGAGCCAGUCGCUGGGAUCUGAGGCCAGAUCAGAUGCAGAUUCCGAUAUAGACAGUAUGACAGGGAGCAGUGGUAGACUGAAUUCUUCAAACAGCAACAGCUCGUCUCUGAAUACCUCCAACUUAUCACUACCAGAGUCAACAUCCUCAUCUGUUCUGCCCAAAGUUCCUCCUAGACCCAACCCAGAUCAAGUCAUACAAAAGUGCAGCACCGUCACCAAGAAGAAGCUGCAGAGGUCAGUAGGAAGUCUGGAAAAUUCGGACACCUCUGGGACCAAACUCUAA